AGUCUUGCUGUGUCAACAACUUAUCGAUAAGUCCCAGUCCUCUAGAUUACUCAGCGAGGGAGCAAAUAAGGAAACCGGUCGAGCUCUCUCGAGUACCUUCUUGCGCAAUCGUCGUUGAACGCUGCAGGCACAGAUUAUGGGAAGCAAGAACCGUCAACCAAUGUACCAAGAUGUAAACGGCAUCCGUCUUCCACUUGGCUUUGACCCCACCAAGCUGCUCUCUUGCUUGGAAUACAAGGCUUCUGCUGGCGACAUCUUCAUCGACACUUUCCCAAAAUGUGGCACAAACUGGACAAAACGCAUCGUUCAGCUUCUUGUGGAUGAGCACACCACUAAGGAGAGUGACUACGCCUUGUCCACUUCCUUCUUUGAGAUGGUUGGCAAGGACAUCAUAGCUGCUUUACCAGAGCCCAGGAUCAUUACUACUCACCUUGCUUACGAGCUACUCCCAAAGCAUGUGCAGGCGAGAUACAUAUAUGUUGUGAGAAACCCCAAAGACUGUUGUGUUUCUUACUUCCACCACUCAAAAAAGACAAAGAUUUACAACUUUGAGGAUGGGACAUUUGAUGAGUAUUUGCAACUCUUCAUUAAGGGAGCAACAAGUUUUGGGGACUACUUCAGCCACCUUGUCUCCUGGUAUCCACAUGUUGAUGAACCAAAUGUGCUUUUCCUAACCUAUGAGAGCAUGAAGAAGGACCUGGCAUCUGCUGUACUCAAGAUCGCCAAGUUUAUCGAUGUUAAAGACCCUGAGCUACUUCGUGUUGACUCAAAAAAAUUCCAGGAAGUAGUAACGAACUGUAGCGUUGACCGCAUGAAGGAAUACCUGAACACCAAUUACAAGAAGGCUCUUGGGAACCAGAAUCCAGAAAAUUGGACAGCUAAAAAGGAUUACCCAUUAAGCAGACCACCGCCACCUCCUGAAGUUAUGGUGCGUAAAGGCAUCAUAGGAGACUGGAAGAACUACUUUGACAAGGAUCAGUCGCAAGCCAUUGAAACAGCUUUUGUGCAGAAGUGUGGUCAUGUUGUGGACCAUGCAAAGCUCUGGGAUCCAAAGGACUGGAUACAAGAAGCUUGACGCUUCUGCAAAAUUCCAGGUGUGACCAUUUUAAGGGUGCUCUCCGGCUGAUAACAAAGUGUUGGGACCAAUGUGUGAUAUGCAAUACUGCAUUAAAUACUGUGGAUAAAUGCUCAUUAUGUUGACAAUGAUGUGAAACUCAUAGUGUAGAGCAUGUUGCAGAUGCGAGAGAAUUUUCAUUGCUGUUUUUCUCGCAAUUAGCGAAAUUGUGCAUGAGUAUCACCUGACACAAACUGAUGGCUUUUCAAAAAAAUUGUUAUUUUUGCUUGUGCAAGAUGGUUACUAAAUACUCUCUAUUGGCAGUGGCCUUCUGUCACGGUUCCUGCAUACAUAACACUUCUUAACAUGUCUUUAAGAUAGCUAUGGCAUGAGAAAUGAGGUCUGCUUAAGAAAAACGCACGCUGUGCAUGGUUUAGAGCCCUGAAGAGCGUCAGAAAUUACGGUCAACACUGGCGAUGCACUUUAAAGAAACUGUCGUUUGCAUUAUUGCCACUUAAUACUCAUGUUAAGAAGAAUAACAUAUUUUAAGAGCUCAUUCUCGUGAUAGUUUUGAGCAUUCAUUGUUCUGUUGUUUGUAAUUGGUCAAUCACACUUUUAUGGUAUAAAACUACUGUGUGUGUACUAUGUAUCUGUUGUAUGAAUUGCGCUGGGUUUCAAAAUGUGACUUUUCUACUCAUGCAGAAAUUUGUGGUUCAGCCUUACUAACAUUGUGCAACCUGGUGUAAUAGUCUUGCAACCACUAGUCGAGAAGCACUAUUACACAAAGAAUGUAGGGGACAGAAAUGUUCGAUGUGGCUGAUUGUGCAAUGCUUUACAUUCUCUUCAUGUGCAAGAAGAAAAAGUAUGUCAUACUUCAUAAGUCACUCAGCAGUCGCAGGAAUUUCAAUUAUGAAGGUUGGUGUGUGUCGCAUAAAGAAUUUUUACCUUAUGAAUUUGUAAGUGUAUUUACAUCUUGCGGCGGGGCAUUUGUUAUAGAUGUGAAAAAAUAUGUGCUGUGAUGUGAUCUUCAAGGAGGUCACCUGUUAACCCAGUGUCUCUCAACUUUUCGUAUAUUCUCUAUUUAAAUUUUGUAUUUAGGAACUAAAAAAAAAGAUUUUUUUAUUUUCGAGUGUUUCUAGUGUCAUCCUAGCAACUUUGUUUCAAAUAAGUUAACUUCUAUUCCAUAAUCGCUGCUUUGAGAAACUGCUGCAUCACAAACCUGUUUUUUGUGUAGUUAUAUUCAUUAAGCAUUGUCGUUUAGUGUGCAAGUCCAGUAUCACUUGUGUACAGUUCUUAAACAAUUAGUGGAAAACAUGGAAGUGACAUCCUUUAAGUGCACUCAUUAGAGGGACAGAGAAGAGAGGCAAGAAAAGCGCUUAUCUUCAGAGUGUGUUUGUGCCAAAUGCUGCUGCUGAGUGUGGUUAGGGAUCACAAAAAGAAAGGAAUUUGGAAGCUGACACCUAUAAUCCUUCUGUUUUUUUUUUGUCUGUAUACUCUGAAAGCAAUACUUACCUCAGCUACUUACAAGACAUGACACACCUUGAAUUGUGAUAAUUGAAGUUGUAUUUCAGGUGGGCCAUGUCCCUACGGGAUUGCACUGGUGUACCUGGUGCACCUCUGAAGCCAUAUUUAAGUUAAACUGUCAUGUACUUCGUUUUCUGCUGCUCUGGCAAUUAUCAAACAUUUCAUAAUAGAGAGUACUCCAUCUGUCUCCUGGAAUCCAUCAGUAGGAGACAGAAAACUGUUUUGCUAGAGCUGCAAAACCCCACAAAACCUGAAAACAAAACGUCACUGCUUUCUGCCACAUGUUAAACUCUAGCACCUUUGCAUCCAGUCUCGUGCUAACAGCUUGGCACUGGUGUGACCCCUUAUUUCUAUUGUUUCUUUGAAAUCAGUUGAUACAAACUGCAUCGUAUUAAAAGGGGUACUUGAUAACUUCAACUACUAAUUUAUUUUGCGUUAAAGGGCCCCUGAAACAGUUAGGACAAAUGUUGUAGACGCGUAGGGUACAGCUUAAGUAGAGCAUUCGCACCACAAUUUAAGUGAAGCGUUACGUAUUAAUGGAGCUACAAGCGAUUACAAGUUACCCUCUUCCCGAGCCAUGCUUUUCCUCCUCAACUCGUUCGCCGAGCGAUGGGGGCUAAGCUCCGCCUUCACUGGUUCUGCGUCACGAUGCGACGUCACAUUGUCCACUUCCGGUUGUUUUGGAGCCCGCCCCCGCCCGCGCGAUCCCUCUCCGCUUGCCGCUUGACCAUCGACCCCAAGCGAGAGCUAUAGAAAGCGUGCGUUGCGAGCAUUCUGUCGUAGCGCCGAACGUGUCUGGUAUUCCGGUAAUCACACACUAGCUGAACAUUUCGAAGAAACGGUGGAGGCAUAAACUCAAGCUGAUGAAGAAACUUUAGCGUAGACGUACGUGAGCUGCCUGAUCGGUCUCCACGGUCUAUCCACCCGUUGGUGCAGAGCUUAACCAGCCAAAGAGCUUAUAUUGCUCUAACCAAAUGUGGAACAUUUUAAACAUUUACAAAAACAACGUGUUAACGAUUACACUCCUGCGAAAAAUUUACACCAGCAGCAAAGAAUACAAUUUGUUACUGCUACUGUGUGUGGUUGAGCUCUAUGCCACCAGGUGGCUGCACCGUGCAGACCAUUCACAUUUGCGCUUAUCUUCAUCCCCUGAAACGACACGCAAGGGGACACGGCCAGGCCCUGUCCCCUUGCGCUUGCGUUUACCCUGACUCGCGAAACGCUAUUGCGUUAGUAAUAUUCCGGUGUACAGUGACGGCCGCCAUCGCGCAAAUCCGGGCGCCGAUCGGAUAGCGACAGUCCGAUGCGCUGCAGCCACUCCGCUCGUCUGCUGCCUUGCAGAGGGACACGCUGUCGCAGCUUGACAUAUUUCCAAUCACUACGUUUGCAGCCCACAACGCGACAAAGGCGAAUCAUGGUGCUCGCCAAAAGACUGAGACCGACACUGAUCGCGCAGCUCACGUCAAAACGGAGCACAUUGUAACACAAGCAGACGACGCUUGCUGUGUGCCGGAAGUGCUCAAAUGUAGCGAGAAAUUGUUCUUGUGCAUUCUCUUUCUGUUACUUUCUUUUUAUAGAAACAAAUGAACUAGCAUUCCAGCUAUUAUAACCAACAGUUUUAACCGUGAAGUUGGAAAAAUUAUCGAUGACGCGCCGUGGACAGCCAAUCAUAUAGCUCGCCCUAUUGGCGUCGCCCUACUAGGAAAGAAAACAGAGAGGCCUUCCUCCAUGGGAGAGGCCCUACCCUGGCUCUACCCAGUCCACGCGCUAGGAGAAAAGUGUGGAGGAAAUGACGUAUAGGUUCUCCUUCUUUUUUGCUGUUUUUUAUUUAUUUAUUUGUUUAUUUAUUUAUUUUCUUGCUGUAGCGACCACGUUUUUUGGGCCACAAUGGCGGCUUUGUUAUGGUUCUGUGCGCUCACACGUGUUGCUCCGUAGGUUUCUUACCGUGGCAAAGGUGCCGUACGUGUGGGCUUGCGUUAGUCUCCGUGUUUUGUUGCGCUGUGUUGUCUGGACCGUGCUCUCCCGGAUGUUGUUGUGGCCAGGUGGAACAAGAGGAACUAAAGCUCGUGAAAUGAACUCGCGUGCAACACUGUACGCAAUGUGCCGCGCCACGGCAAUAGGCAAGAACGGCACCGCGAGCGGCGCUGCUGCGCCGGCGUUGAGAGCGCCGCAUGCGGGGCAAAAUUCUACUAGCGGGUGGUAUGCCUCUUCCAUCUCUCGCUCGCACCGCCUUGACUGCCUCUUGCAGUGCGCGUGUUUGGGCACGUUUCGUACCGCGCGCGGUGUGUGCCUACGUGUGUGUGCGUGGACGUUUUAUUCGAAGGACGAUGUAUAGUCUGUUUCACACUUAGGGGUGUCUGUCUGGUGUGAUGAAUGAUUGUCGAGAAAAAUCACUUCCAGCUCACUGUCUUAACCUAAAACAUUCCUUUAAUCGUAUCCGUUUGUUUCAACGUGUUCGACCCCCAUAGUUAUCAUUUUUGAGUGCUUUGUUUUCCUUUCGAGUCAAAUAAAGACUGAGCACGUUGUGCUCACAUCUUGGUGCUUC